UGAACUCACAGCGAGUCUCACUCUAGUCGCGUUAAGAAAGCUCAACAGCUGACCACAAGAGAGAGCGAGAGAGAGACAAAGCGAGAGACGGUGGCGUAGGCGGAUCAGUGGGAAUAGAGAGACUUAGCUCGGGUGGUACGCAAACUAAAACAACGAGGUGCGUCGUGUGUUUGAGACUAUGUCCGUGGGCCUUAUCGGCAGGCGACAGACAAACUGUGUCUGAUCUUCUGCGGCGCGCACGUACGCACAGCCUAUGCUGGCACGCAUGAAGGAAGACUUCGGCAUGCUGAGAAACAUAUCACCGUCUAGAAUCGAUGUUAUGGUAUUACUGUACGGAAUAUUAUGAUAGCAUCGGGUUGCGGUCUAUGAGAGCUCAUUACAAGAGACACGGUGUUUUGCCAGAGAUGAAGGGACGAUACAGAUGGGGUCGAGGCCCGCAGUUCCUGGUGGCUUGCAUGGGUCUCGUUGCAAACUCUGUCACACUGGUCAACUUUCCGCAGGGCAUCGUACAGUUUGGCUUCUGGCCGUUCUUCACUGCGUAUGCGAUUUGCCUGCUUGUCAUCGGCCUGCCUAUGAUCUACCUGGAGGUACUGCUUGGGCAAUUCUCCAGCUCCGGUGCGCUGGGUAUUUGGCGCGCGUCGCCACUAUUCAAAGGUGUGGGAAUAUGUAUGCUAAUCCGAUCGGCGCUGUUGGUGGUGCGUGAGAGCGGAGUCGCCUGCUACACUACCUACUACAUGUUUCUCUCCAUGUUCCGCACUCUGCCGUGGUCCGGAUGCGACAACACGUGGAACACUAAACAGUGUUGGGAAGGUCGGAUGGAAGUGAAGACAUCAGAAGGAAACGUCACGUCGGCAGCAGCCACUACAGACGAUUUAUUCAGAUUAGGAUCCGUGAAAAGCUCGCCCGUGGAAGAAUAUUUUCUGUCACAUGUGGAUUCGGGGAAGCCUGACCCGGCGCUGGGAAUUCCCCGACCAUGGAUCGUCGCAUGCCUAGUGAUGCUUUGGUCGCUGAUAUUCGUUUGCCUGACGUGGGGCAUCAAGUCACUUGGAAAGGUGGUCUACGUUACAACCAUUUUACCCGUUGUGCUGCUGGGCACCUUGCUGGUGAGAGGUGUUACCCUGCAAAAUGGCGGCCAGAGCAUCGCCGCCAUGUUUGCAACGAGCGCCCUCGCCGAUACGGACGGAGAACUCGGCUAUUUGGAUCACAUAAUAAACUACGAGCUGUGGUACGUCGUCGGCAGCAUGGUCAUACAGAGCCUCGUGCUCGGCUACGGAGUCUACGCGGCGAUGGCGAGUCACGGCAGCUUCACGCACAGCUGCCUGCGCGACAGCGUCAUCACAGCGCUAUGGAGCUUCGCCAUCAACAUCUGCUACUCCGUCGUCAUCUUCUCCUACUCCGGCUUCUACGCGCUCGUCUGGUCAAAGGACGUGUCGGCCGCGCAUUACGGAGACUACUUCUACAUUUUCAAAGUGAUUCCGGACGUGAUCAGUCGGAUAGACGUCGGCCAUCUGUUUGGAAUCUGUUACUUUCUUAUGCUCACGCUGUUCUUCCUCAGUACGAUACUCAUUCUAGUCGCCAAUAUAGAGACAUCACUCUGUGAUCAAUUUUCCCAGGCACUGGGUACAUUCCGAAGGCGAGUGAUUUUCCACGCAACAAUAUGUUGUACAUUGCUCAUAGCUGGACUGCCAGUGACAACCGACAAUGGAUUCAGGGUUGUAAGCAUAAUACAACGCUUUGAAGGCAGGUGGCAGGGACCUCUCUUUCUCUGUCUUCAGUGCAUUGCAUUUGCAAUGAUUUACAAUUACACUUUCUGUGGUCCACGUGCGAUAUAUCAAAUAAUCAAGCAGAUGCUUGGACGCAGACUUGAUCGUAACAUCAUCAUGGACAUUCUCUGGGUGUCUCUUACACCGAUGGUGCUAUUCUUGCUGGUGUUUGCCACGUGGUGGUUCUGGGCGGAACAGGACUACGAGUUGUGGCACACAAGAACGCUGGAAGAGAAGGUGAUCGAGAUAGUCUUCUACGCUGUUACGAGUGGCUUCAUCCCACUGUGGGCUCUUAUGUGGUCACUUUACUGCCUAAUCAUAGGACCUGGUUCAUGUUGUGAGAAAGGAAAACAGAAUAAGAAUCAGAAGAAUUCUCGGUAG